AUGAACGGAAUGAUAGAUGGAAUGACAGAUGACGCAGCAGACAUUCAUGUUGACGGGAACCAUGUGGCUACCGAGACCGCUGGCCGGGGUACAGCGGGUGCAGAGAAUGUGGAUGAUACAGGCGACACAGUCUUAGGUCCAUUGGAUGUGGUAGAGAGGGACGAUGGGGGCGACCUGAACGAGACAGAAGGCAGAGAUGAGGGUGACGAUGAGGUGAAUGAGGACGAUGCUCACAAUGAUGACCCUGAAGAAGAAGAAGAAGGAGAAGGAGAAGGGGGAGAAGGAGAAGAAGGAGGAGAAGAUGGAGAAGGCGGAGGAGAAGGAGGAGGAGGAGGAGAAGGAGAAGGAGGAGGAGAAGGAGAAGGAGAAGGAGAAGAAGAAGAAGAAGAAGAAGAAGAAGAAGAAGAAGAAGAAGAAGAAGAAGAUGCUGAUACAGGUUCGUUCCACUCUGACCCAUACUCAAAUUCUCCCGAUUCAGCUGCUAGUCAACACCCGGUAGAACAGGUAGUUCAGAUUGCCAGAAAAUUGAUCGCUGACGGUGCGGUCAAACGUCACGAGCCCCGCGCCGCCCGUGUCGAAUUGAGUUCGGGAUGGGAUCCAGUGAUUCUUAGUUGCCAGGGGCGAGAAGACGGUGGGGAGGUUCUUGUUAUCACUCCAAAUUCGGCAUCGCUCCUCGAAUAUCCCUCUCAAUUCCAUAAGCUCAUCCUCGACGUUGUCCCACACACACUCAUAUCGCAUGCUCUCGACCCGGAUGAUACUAUGUCGCAAGUGCAAGACAGGAUCGACUUGUCCAAUGACAAGAUAGUUUCUACAGGAGAGGGUCAUAUAGACGAGGAGGUUGAUGGGGCCGAUGCUGAUGAUUUUGAUAACGCUCCUCCGGAAGAGGGAGAACACCCACCUUGGAAUGAGGACCUUGUGGAACUUGCUGUUCCUCAGACUAUACUAACAAUGGAAGGUGCUAGUGUGCCACCUCUCAAUGAAUCAGAAUAUGAGUUCCCUCUCCCCAUGAUACCGGCCACCAUUGAAGGUCUUGCAUGCAGCUCACCAGCUUCAGGAAUGUGGGAACAAUGGGAAUCUUUUGUCCCCAGUUGUUUGCUGAUAAUUAGAUGGUAA